AUCGAACUCAAGGCCAGACAUUUUGUCAGCCGGUGAUGGUGGAAAGGCGCCGGACGUCGACCUGGUAGAGGCUGACGAUGCAUACGAGUCCUCCAGCCUGCCGGGCUCGACUACAUAUACUCCGUCCAAGACCACGGCGUCAUCCUGGUGGCCCUCACUCACCGGCAAACUAUUGUCUUACAUCUCAUCUCGCACCCAGCCCGGGGCCCAAUUGCACCAUUCAGCCUCCAACAAACCCCUGACUCCACCACCAUCUCAUAGUCCGACUGCGCUUCUCCGGGCGGGCGACUGACUUUUUUUUAUAUUUAUCAACCAUCCCUCCAGCCUGUCCUCACCGUCGGCACCACCUCGUCUUAUCGUCCUCCCUCGACUCCCUUGACAGGUCUCAACCGACACCAUGUCCACUCACACCAUCGUCAUUAUCGGCGCGUCCUUCGCGGGGCUCAACGUUGCCCAUAGCCUGCUGAAGACUGUCCUUCCUCAACUGGCUACCAGUGAGAAAAAGGCCUACAAGGUCGUCCAGAUCGCCCCAAACGACGAGUUCUACUGGAAGAUCGGUGCCCCUCGAGUCAUCGGAAACCCACAGUCGCUGCCGCUUGAGAAGGCCCUCAUCCCCAUUGCCCCCGGCUUCAAGGCCUACUCGAAAGAGCAAUACGAAUUCAUCCAAGCCCAUGCCACCUCGAUCGACCCUUCGAGCCAAACUGUUCACACAAGUACUUCGAAUGCUGUUCACUACGACUCCCUCGUCAUUGCUUCCGGCACCAGCUUUGCCACCAGCCUGUGGUCUGUUUCGGACGGUUCUGAGCCUCUGAAGGCCGCAAUCGCCGAGAUUCACAAAAAGCUCCCAGAUGCACAAUCCAUCCUGAUUGCCGGCGGAGGCGCUGCAGGUGUGGAGACUGCAGGCGAGUUGGGAGAGGUGUACGGAAAGAAGAAGGAAAUCACACUUUUGUCUGGAAGCACCUCCCUGCUUCCCAGACUUCACAACAAGAAAAUGGGUCAGGAUGCCCAGUCCCGGCUCGAGAAGAUGGGAGUCAAGGUUGUCAACGACAGCGUCCGAGUUGUGGAGCACACCACACAAGAUGGAAAGGAAGUCUUGAAGUUGAGCAAUGGAGAAACCAAGACGGUCGACAUCUAUAUCGAGGCUACUGGCGACAAGCCAAACAGCAAAUUUGUCCCCCAGGAGUGGUUGGACGAUGCGCAAAGGGUCAAGACGGACCCUCAUACUCUCCGUUUGGAUGUUCCCGGUGUCACAGGCGUUUACUGUAUUGGAAGCGUCGCCAGCUAUGCGGAUGGCUCUAUCCUCGACAUCAAGUUCGCAGCACCGGCCGUCUUGGAAAGCAUCAAGUUGGAUCUUCAAGGCAAAGGUGGCCCUCGUACCAACAAAAUCUACAAGAAAAUCACCAGCGACAUGCAAUUCGUCCCCAUUGGUUCUCAAGGAGGCGUUGGCGUCGUCUUCGGCUUCAAGCUUCCCAGCUUCCUGGUCAAGAUGGCCAAAGCCAAGGACUUCAUGAUCGGCCAAGCUCUCAAGACCGUCGAAGGCACUGCUUGAUUGCUGAGAGGCAUCGGUAGACCCUUGCGGCAUCGUGUUUUUGUGUUGUUUGAGUUUCAAUAGAGAUACCCGGUCUUACUGUCAAGCGGCUGCGCAACAGGGCGUCUGCUUGAGUUAGGAUGAAUUUGCAUAGAAGACAGCGAGACUACAUAGUAAUUAUUGCAUCAACCAGCAAUUGGACAAACCGAGUAUCAGCAAUCUCGAUCGUAGUCUAUGGAGCCAAAGCGCAAUGGAUCGGAAAGAUUAGGAUGUGGAAAUUCCCCAGCGCUGGCUCGAUGGCGAGAUUUCCCGGUGCUCUACUUUGAGAACAC